AUGCUUCUGUAUUUUAACAUCCUGGCGCUGCUCCUCCUGCAGCCGGCUCAGUCAAGCCCAAUGCCGCUGACCACACCAUCCAGAGGAUGUCCCACCUGUAAACCAAAGUCCACACAGAGUCGGCCGGCUGUAGAUUUAAAUGCCACUGCUCCGGGCGUUGGAGAACCAUGCGGGGUCUACAUUCUGAGCUGUGCCCAUGGUCUACGUUGUGCACCUUCAGAGGAUGAACCGAGGCCCCUCCGUGCCCUGCUGGAAGGCAGGGGAGUCUGCAUUAAUGCCAGCAGCAUCGGCCCGGCUGAAAACAUCCAUACCGUAGACCCAGCUCCUACUGAGGAUCCAGAUGAGGCUCCAUGUCGUAAACUGCUAACCACACUUAUUCAAGGUCUUGAUGCCCAUUUAAUUAAGUCAAAUCAUGAUAUCUACAUGCCUAACUGUGACAAGCGUGGUUUCUUCAGGAAGAAGCAGUGUUGGUCUUCUCGAGGUAAGCGGCGUGGCAAGUGCUGGUGUGUGGAUCCGAACGGCAUGCCUGUCUCCUCAAACACUAAACAGAAGGGCGGCCUGAGUUGUUAA